AUGGAAAACUUCACAACGCUAAGUUUUGUGCUUCUGGUUUCAUGCAUCCACAGUAGUUUAGGAUAUACAUGUGAGGGAAACUGUGGGACAAAACUAGACACCUGUUCAUGCCACCCAACGUGUAGGUCUCUAAAAAACUGCUGUACAGACUAUAAAGAGUACUGUGUGGAAGUCUUUCCGUAUUCUGGGUCUUUUUUUGGUGGGACAGAUGUUACUAUCCUUGAUGCAAGUUUCAAUAAGAGUUCCCAGAUUGUAUGCAGGUUUAACAAUAAUACCAGCACUGUGGGGUAUGUGGACGAAAGCAGCAGAGGCCAUUGUAUCUCCCCACUGUUGUAUGAAACAGGAUGGGUUCCUUUGCACGUCUCCUCAGAUAAUGGCACUACAUUCAGCAGAGUUGGAGCCUGGCUUUCAGUGCAUAGUGGCAAGUUAGAUUCUCAGUUCAAGGCGAUUCUCGUCAACGCGACAAAAUGGCAGUAUUAUGGCACACCAAAUGUUGGAGGAACUCUUGAGAUGACAUGGAACACCUCUUUGGUCAGAGCAGAGUUGGUCAAUAUAGAGCUCUGGGGAUACAGGGAGACAGGAGAGCCCUAUUCAGACAGCUGGCAGGGUGAGUGGAAGUAUUUGUACUCACUUGCAAGGGGUCAGCCCAACAGUGGUUCCUUUAGCUUUUUGCCCCAGCCAGCAGAGAACGGCUCUUCAAGCUGGGAGCUUGGCUCUGUGCGUGUCAGCCCCAGCACCUACCCUGAUGGCAUGUGGAAUGUACAAGCUGCAUGGACUGAGGAUCACGCUCUAGCGUGGCAUCUGGAGGACAGGUUCAGGCACAACUCAGCAGUCUGGGCCCUGGACAAAUGUUUAGCAUGGGACCAGCUGGAAAACCAACUGCCCAACUUCCUCAGUGAGAUCAUAGACUGCCCCUGUACUCUGGCUCAAGCAAGAGCAGACACGGGGAGGUUUCAUACUGACUACGGCUGUGAUAUAGAGAAAGGGAGUGUGUGCACCUACCAUCCAGGGACUGUUCACUGUGUGAGGGCUAUACAGGCCAGUCCUAGGUAUGCAGCAGGACAACAGUGUUGUUAUGACAGCACCGGUGUUCAGGUCCUGACAGCGGACUCGAUUGGGGGUAGCACUCCAGACCGAGCACACGACUGGGGCUCACCUCCCUACAAGAGACCUCCUCGAAUACCUGGACAGUCCCACUGGGUCUAUGAUGUCCUCAGCUUCUACUACUGCUGCCUGUGGUCAGACAACUGCCACUACUACUUCAAACACCGGCGCUCCAGUGACUGCAGGCGUUACCAGCCCCCCAGCACUGCUGUGGUGUUUGGAGAUCCCCACUUCAUAACAUUUGACGGUGUCAGCUACUCCUUCAAUGGCAAAGGGGAAUACACUUUAGUUAUGUCGGCGCAGAAACAGCUGACAAUCCAAGGCAGAACAGAGCCUGUGAAUGGAACCAUGAUAAAUGCAACAAAGUUAUCAGCAGUGGCCAUGAAAGAAGCGUCCUCUGAUGUUAUUGAGGUGCGUCUGGUGAGCGGUCACCACGGCCUUGAAGUGCUGCAGAAUCAAAAAACCCUCUCCUUUACUGAGCAGAGCUGGAUGGACCUGCAUGGCGUGUUUGUGUUUUCCCCUACCUCUACAAAUGUAACUGUGAUGUUCCCCACUGGUGCUGGGGUUGAAGUGCGACUGAGGGGAGGAACCAUGACAACCACUGUGCUCCUGCCGGAGGAGUUUAACAACUCCACGAUCGGACUGUUGGGAAAGAUGAAUGGUGACGCCAGAGACGACCUUGUCCUCAGCAACGGAGAACUUGUGAAGAACUAUAGCAAUCCAGAGGAGGUGUUUAGAUUUGGGGCAAGCUGGGGUGUGUCCAAUGACUCUGCCUUAUUCACAUAUGACUCAGAAUAUCUUUUGGACACAUAUUACCAUGCUCCUGGACAUGUGGACAGUUUUAUUCCAGUGUUUUUUGUCCCUGAGAGUCCAGAUGAUCCCUUAGCCAAUCAAGCAUCUGAGAUAUGCUCUGGAGAGGGCUCUGAGUUCUGUAGAUAUGAUAUCUUGGUAGGCCGAAGUCCAAUAAUGGGAAAUGCUACCAGAGUGUCUUUCCAGAGUCACAUCUCUCUGGUUGAUGAUCUACAGCCAGUGAUAUCCUGUGGAUGGCUUCCACCACCAAGCAAUGGCAAGAAAGAGGGGACCACUUAUUUGCAAGGAGCUAAGGUGCGAUUUUCCUGUGAAGACGGCUAUGCUCUUAAAGGAUCAGCAGACCGCAUAUGCCAGAAGAAUGGCCAAUGGUCUGGAGAAGAGACAAGCUGCGUGGUUUCCAGUAAUCUUGCAGGAAUUUUGGCUGGUUCCUUAAUUGGUGCUGUAACACUAACUCUAAUUAUAACAGCAAUUGUACUCUACUCCAGAAAACAGAAAAGAAAAGCUGCACGUUCAGAGGAAGCAGUGACAAUUGAAGAUUUGUAACCACAUUUCUUGCUUUAUUGUCAUAUUGUGUAUGUUCACAACUUCACAUGUGGAAA